CCGCAUAACGAAAUGUGUAUCGUUCUUUGUCUACAGAUAGAAAAGCUGGCAUCGUUGCUCGUUGGGAAACAGCUGAGUGUGAAAUUGUUCUGCUGCGUAUUAUAACAUUCAAAGAGGGAAUUAGGACAAUGAAAACACGCUUUAACACUUAUGACAUCGUUUGUGGUGUCACAGAGUUGCAAGGUUUGGUGGGGCAGCGUGUAAAUCAAAUCUAUGACAUCGACAACAAAACUUACUUAAUUCGAUUUCAAGGAGGGGAAACCAAAACAGUGCUUUUAAUUGAGUCUGGCAUUCGUUUCCAUACAACUGUUUUCGAAUGGCCAAAAAAUAUGGCGCCUUCGGGCUUUAGUAUGAAGCUAAGGAAACAUCUCAAGAACAAGCGUCUGGAAAAGCUAGAGCAACUUGGUGUGGAUCGUAUAAUUGAUUUGCAAUUCGGUACUGGCGAAGCGGCAUAUCAUGUUAUCGUCGAACUAUACGAUCGAGGUAACAUUAUACUCACUGACCACGAGCUCACAAUUUUGUACAUAUUGCGGCCCCACUAUGAAGGCGAAGAAAUUCGGUUUGCUGUGCGUGAAAAAUAUCCGUUGAAUCGUGCAAAAGAACAGGCUGGUGAGCUAACCGAAAAACAUAUUCGUGACUUGAUUGAUACCGCAAAAGACGGUGACAAUUUGCGGCGCUUGCUAAUGCCAAAUGUGGACUUUGGUCCGGCUGUGAUCGAUCAUGUGCUACAUAAAUACCAACUAUAUAAUUGUGUGAUUGAGAAGAAAGUAGAUCCUGGUUCCGCUGAUAUUGAAAAUCAACAAGGCGAGGUGGGCGUGGGUAAAAAAUCAAGGAAGCAAAGAAAAAAGGAAAGCAAUUCAAUAAGUAUGCGGAAGUUCGAUGUUGAUUCUGAUAUAACUUCACUUAUGCGAGCCAUACAUGAAGCUAGUGAGAUUUUUAAACAAGGGUGCUCUUCUACUUCGAAGGGUUAUAUUAUUCAAAAACGCGAAGAAAAACCCUCAGCUGAAGGCGAUGAAUCGAAAGAAGAUUUCUAUCAAAACAUUGAGUAUCAUCCGUUCUUGUUUUCGCAGUUUGAAAACCAGCCGGUAUCUGAAUUUGACACAUUUAUGUUAGCAGUGGAUGAAUUUUAUUCCACAAUGGAGGGUCAGAAAAUUGAUCUGAAAACCUUACAACAAGAGCGCGAUGCCUUAAAAAAAUUGUCAAACGUAAAGAAAGAUCAUGCUAAACGCCUGGAAAAUCUAACAAAAUCACAGGAAGUUGAUAAACAAAAGGCCGAAUUAAUUACAUGUAAUCAAGUGUUAGUUGACCAUGCAAUUUCAGCUGUUCAAUCGCUUAUUGCAACUCAAAUGUCUUGGUCAGAUAUAGAUAAGGAGGUUAAAGAAGCCCAGGCUGAUGAUGACCCAGUCGCAAGUGCGAUUAAACAAUUAAAAUUGGAAAUUAAUCAUAUUUCCUUGCGAUUAUCAGAUCCAUAUAAAAACUUCAAAAAAGAAUCUGAUGAUUCCGAAACAGACAACGACGACUCUGAUACUUUGCCAACCCUAAUUGUAGAUGUAGAUUUGGCACUGUCCGCUUGGGCUAAUGCUAGAAAGUAUUACGACUUAAAGCGCUACGCAGCUAAGAAAGAACAGAAAACUAUCGAUGCUUCGCAAAAGGCUUUAAAAUCAGCUGAACGAAAGACUCAACAAACAUUGAAAGAAGUUCGCAUAAUAUCGACAAUUUCAAAAGCUCGAAAAGUAUAUUGGUUUGAAAAGUUCUAUUGGUUUAUUAGUUCUGAAAAUUAUUUAGUCAUUGGUGGUAGAGACGCGCAGCAAAAUGAAUUGAUCGUUAAACGCUAUAUGCGACAGUCAGAUAUCUACGUACACGCUGAAAUUCAGGGUGCCUCAAGUGUUGUUAUACGAAACCCAUCUGGAGGAGAGAUACCUCCAAAAACGCUGCUAGAAGCUGGCACCAUGGCUAUAUCUUAUAGCGUGGCAUGGGAUGCUAAAGUUGUAACGAAUGCAUAUUGGGUGCGUAGUGAUCAAGUCACGAAAACUGCCCCUUCUGGUGAAUAUCUGGGAACGGGUAGCUUCAUGAUACGCGGCAAGAAAAAUUUUUUACCCUCGUGUCAUUUAAUAAUGGGUCUAAGUCUAUUAUUUAAGUUGGAAGAUAGUUUUGUGGAACGGCAUCGGGGCGAGCGAAAGCUGCGCACAUUCGAGGAAGAACAACAGGACUUGGAAGGACAAGAAGAUCGUAUGAAGCAAUUGGAAUUAAAUGACGAUGUAGAAAUAGACUUAGAAGAUGAUGACCCACAUGAAGAAGAUUUCGAUGCGAUAGACAAUUCCAAACAGCAGUUGAGGAAAAAACAACUGAAAAAAGUAGAUGAAGACGAUGAAGAUAGAGAAGAUGUAGAUCAUCCAGAAAAUCCAUCCAUUUUCCCAGAUACUCAAGUAAAAAUUGAACACGAUACAGGCCGCGUUACCAUACGAGCCGACUCAAUUGUAGAUUCUUCUGCUAGCGUUCUCGUGGAGACAAAAGGCAAAGUCGAUGUAGAGGAGGAGGAAGAGGCAACAAUAAUACCUGCUGCACCAGCUCGUAAAAAGCAACAGCAAAAUGCAAAAAAACGUAAAGAGGAAAAGGAACGAAAAACGCAACAGGAAUUGAAAAAGCAGCAACAAAAUGCUGCUGAAAAAGAAGCGAAGAAUGGUUCACAUAUGAAACGGGGACACCAUGGUAAGCUAAAAAAGAUGAAAACCAAGUACAAGGAUCAGGAUGAUGAGGAACGCGAACUACGCAUGUUGAUACUGAAGUCGGCGGGCAAAGAUAAGAUAAAUGUAGCUGACAAAAAAAGUGAGGAGGAAGCAAACAUACAAAACAUAUACAAGGAAAAGCGAAACAAUGAGCGCAAAGAGGAACCGCUUCACCUUGGAGCUGAUAUGGACGACGGUGAUGAUAUGCCUUCUGGUGCCGAUGUGGCCAUGUUGGAUUUACUUACUGGCCAGCCGCUUGAAGGCGAUGAAUUGUUAUUCGUUAUACCCGUCGUUGCACCUUACCAAGCAUUGCAAAAUUACAAGUUUCGUGUUAAGUUGACACCAGGCACUGGCAAACGUGGACGCGCAGCUAAAACAGCCCUAACCAUGUUUUCCAAGGACAAAAGUUGUGGGCCGCGGGAGAGGGAUUUGCUUAAGAGCAUCAAAGAAGAAGCAUUGGCUAGAAACAUACCAGGAAAGGUGAAAUUAUCGGCACCGCAGUUGCAAAAGCUCAAGAAGUAAUUCAAUGGCGUUAAGUGCGACAAUUAGCUGUAAAUAAAGCUUUUGCGAUAGCUUCUGCAUAUUAUGUACAAUAAAAAUAUAUUUCAAAGAA